GCUACCAAAGCAGAUCGUGCCUUGGAACACAGUCGGUGAAGGAGAGAGCUCAACAGGAGAUCAUGGGCAAAGGAGGAGCAAUUCCCAUGGUUGGUGGCCGUGGCGGUAACAGCUACUUCGACAACUCUGCGUUUCCAGAGAGCAGGAUUGUAACUGUAAAAGACAUGGUAAAUCAAGUGAUUCAUGACAAACUCGACAUUCCAAUUCAUAUGGGCACGAUUCGAAUUGCCGACCUAGGCUGCUCGGUUGGACCUAACACAUUCUACAGCAUCCAAGCAGUCAUUGAUGCAGUCUUGAUGAAGCUCAACAGAUUACCAGGUGAUCAUGGAGAGACACCAGAAUUCCAAGUCUUCUUCAAUGAUCAGAUUGGAAACGACUUCAACUUACUGUUCAGCUCCAUCCCUUCAGACCCACGUUAUUUAGUGGCAGGAGUGCCUGGAUCGUUCUAUUCGCGACUCUUUCCUCGAGCAUCAAUCCACUACGUGAAUUCUUCAUUGUCUCUCCAGUGGCUCUCCAAGGCCCCGGAUGGUGUGGCCAACAAGGGAAGGGUGCACAUCUACGGCGGUGGCCAAGAUGUUUUAAAUGCUUAUUCCUCGCAAUUCAGGAGUGAUAUGGAACAGUUUUUAGGUGCGAGAGCUGAGGAGCUUGUGCCUGGAGGACUCAUGGCCCUGCAAUUCUUGUGUCGCCCUCAAUGGGUGGCGCCAGAUGCAGCACGCCAUGACUUGUGGUUUGCUUUUCUCGAGCCCCUCCUGCAGGAAUUUGUCUGCGAGGGUAAAGUGAAAGAAGAAGAGCUGGGCUCGUUCCAGGUGCCAAUUUAUGCACCAACCCUCGCAGAGUUCAAAGAGGCGGUGGAAUUGAACGGCUGCUUCACCAUCCACGUUGCGCAGCUUGUCAAUAAAGGGUGGGGGCUGAAAGGAGGAGGGGACGAAGGCAGUGACAUUGAUCUUCAGCUUCUGGCAAGCGGCAUGGGCGAGGCCGCCAGAGCAGUGUUCGAAAUCAUGGUGAACAAUCACUUUGGUGGACAGAUAGUUGAGGAGCUGUUCCAGAGGCUCCCAAGCAAAAUCUACCACCACUUCACGUCUCUUCCUCAUAUGCCUGCACCUCCACCAACUGCCUUCUUUGUGUUGCAACGAAAGCCUCAUUCUGGCUAGCCUCUUUCUUUCCUUCCCCAGCUGUCUGCUCCUUUCUGUCAUGAGGUACUGUGUCGACUGUUAUUUCUCAAAUUACGUUGACAGUAUGUGAUCCAUGAAAAGUACUGUGACCGUCAAAUGUACAACUACAUAUUAUGUGUACCGUC